UUAGGGCAGUAAGAUCAUAAAGAAGAAGAGAACAAGUAAACUCGAGGAUUGAGAUCCCUCGAAAUACCAUCUGCAAUCCUCCCUGCCUCUCCCCCCUUAUCUCCUAACACCAUAUAGCAGGGAAUAUAAGAACAGUAAGGAAUUGCAGCCAUGAGUGAAGUAACAGCUGAAGAACCAAAACCCAAGGCUGCUGGGAGUGAACCAAACACAGCUCCGUCUGGUACAGAUGAAGUAGAGAGGAAAGUACUGGCAACCAAAGUACAAGGAACAGUGAAAUGGUUCAAUGUGAGAAAUGGCUACGGAUUCAUCAAUCGGAAUGACACUAAAGAAGAUGUCUUUGUCCACCAGACAGCAAUCAAGAAAAACAAUCCUCGCAAAUACCUGCGGAGUGUAGGGGAUGGAGAGGUGGUGGAGUUUGAUGUUGUUGCUGGGGAAAAGGGCGCCGAGGCAGCUAAUGUAACAGGGCCGAAAGGAGCACCCGUUCAAGGAAGUCGCUAUGCUGCAGACAGGCGAAGAUACCGCCGAGGGUACUAUGGACGUAGAAGGGGGCUUUCAAGAGAGGGAGGAGAUGGAGAAAUAAAAGAUGGUGCUCCUGAAGCAGCUCAACCCCAGCAACCAAUUCGCCAACCUACCAACUACCGAGGAAGGUAUCGCCGACCCGUGUCUCAACCCAGAUCUAGUCUACCUUCUGGAGACAAUGAAAAUAAGGAAAACCAAUUCGAGACAGGGGCUUCAGAGCAACAACAAUCGAACCGCCGUGGUUUCCGCAGACCGUACAAUUAUCGUCGUCGACCUAAUCAGGCAAAUGCUCCAACACAGGGGGGCAAGGAAACAGCUAAGCAGGCUGAAGGCACAGCAGAGAAGCCUGUGCCAGUGGUUGAGAAAAGCAAUGCUGUGUAAUCUGAGUGGCUCCAUCGGCCAUCAUGUAAGUGAGAAGGUUAUGAGCGGAGGAAAUGCGAAUAAUCAAUGUGGCCUCUGACUAAUUCUGAAAACUCUGCAAUCAUCUGACACUUAGGAGAGAGACGGAUUGCAUCUUUGCUGCUCAGCUUGCCUGCUGCGGAUUUCUACACUGCAAACUUUGUACUCUAUGGUACCACCAGUGGAAUCAAUUACUUGCCAUGACAACCAGAAAACAACUGCAGACAUGUGGACUAUGAGCAGACCAGAUACUGAAAGCUGUCUGUUAUUACACACUUACAACUGAACUCUUUUCAGGUUAAUAAUCCCUAAUACAGACAUCUUUUUCUUGGAAAUGAUAUACAAGACAUAAGAAGUCACUUUAUCAAUAUAGUACAGUUGCUGCAGCAAAUUUAAAUCUUGCUUAAAGCAAAGAGUGUUUUAAUGCGACACCGUUUAAAAAAAAAAAAGU